AUGCCCAACUCCUCCUCAAGCUCGUUUACUAUCGAGAAUAUUCCUUUUGGAGUGAUUUCAACCGCUGACCAUCCCACCCCCCGAUGUGCAACUGCACUUGAUCACGAUGCGAUUGAUCUCAGCGCUCUAGAAAGUGAUGGCUUCUUUAAAGACCCUUAUUUAAACGAUUUUGCAUCUCUUCCCAUUGAAAGCCGUCGGCAAACUCGGCAGCUCCUGUGCGCCAAUUUGCUUCAGCUUCAAGAAGAUAGAACCAAGGCGGAUCGAUACUUCAUUCCGCUAAAUCGUGUUAAGAACCACUAUCCCAUGCAAACGGCCAACUUUUCAGAUUUCUACUGUUCUUUAGAGCAUGCUCAGAAUUGUUGUGCGAUUCUCGGUCUACCAGCGUCACCCAACUGGCGCAUCAUUCCAAGCGUGUACAAUGGCCGUACAUCCAGCCUGAAUGUAGAAACUACAUUGACACGCCCGCACGGUGUGAUUCAAAACGAGUUUGGGCAUUACGCCUUCACUCCGACCAAAAAAUUGGAUAUGGAACUGGAAUUGGGAGUGUUCAUUUCGAAGCCUUUGGAGGCUGGGCAAAUAUUGGAUAUUAAGAAUGUCGCAGAUCACAUCUUCGGCUUUGUUAUCCUCAAUGACUGGUCAGCUCGGGAUAUCCAAAGUUUCGAGAUGGCACCUCUUGGUCCGUUCCACAGUAAAGGGUUUGGGACUUCUAUUUCCCCGUGGAUCGUGACUACGGAUGCCCUGGACGCAGUUACGAGUGCGGUUAUGGUUCCGCAGGAUCCUGCUCCAUUGCCUCAUCUCCUAUGGAAAGGAGAUGGCGGAGCUGCGACAUUCGACAUCAAUCUCUCUGCUUGUCUUAUAAGUGAGUUGCAUUCGUUUAAAGCUGCGGAUCCCUGGCUAAUAAAUAAAGGAAAUGGGAAAUCGUACAAUCUUACCGAAACCAACCUGAAUGAGCUCUAUUGGACUCCAUUUCAACAACUUACUCAUCUUGCAAGUGCAGGCGAGGGUCUCACGACUGGAGAUAUUUUUGGAACGGGAACUAUUUCCAGUGCUCGUAUAGAUGAACACGGAGAAAAGAUAGGACUAGCUUGCCUUGUAGAGCGCUCGCUCCCUCACACUUCCCUCUCGGCUUUGAAGAAAGACGGUAUUGUCUGGUUUGAAGACGGCGAUGAGGUUAUCAUGGAAGGAGUUUGCAUCAACAAGACAACGGGGUCCAAAUUUGGAUUUGGGCAAUGCCGGACAACUAUUACCCCGGCCGUGAAGCUGGCUCUGUGA